UAACAGUUCAUCAAUUAUCCCCCUUUAUUCUUAAUGUGAUCAGGCAUUAUGAGUACUUCUCAGUCAUUUCCUACAGCUUCUACUCCUUCUACUCUUCUUGAAGCUGCUUCUUUUCCCGACGAUUGUCUUCCUCCAGAAGCUGAAUACCAAUCUCGCGAUGAGCUGAUUACCGGUAUCCAGCAUGAAGUAUCCAAUCUGAUCUCCGUCAAUAUCAUCUUCUUUUAGCAAUUCAAGAACAACUGA